AUGCCCCGCAGUAGCUUCUCACAUACCCCCCUCCUGAGAGUCUCGAGGCCCGUCUCAGCCUGUUCAAGAUGUCGAGCUGCCAAAGUCAAGUGCGAUGGCAAGCUGCCCGCUUGUACGGCCUGUGAAAAGGCUGGUCGUGAGAAUGCCUGUUCGGCGGCAAACGACCAGUUUGCGCGAGGCAAGGAGCGGAGCUAUGUCGCCGCUCUGGAGCUUCGCAUCGAGAAGCUGGAAAGACGCAUAGCAUACGCAAAGUCCCGCAAGGCUUCUGUGGCUCUACAUGAUUCCGACUCGCUGGCCACGGCCCAAGUUGACAGGCGAGACUCUCUCGCCUCAAUCCGGGCAGCUAUUCACCGAAAGGCCGCUAGGACUCGUGAGAACUCAGAUGUUAACUCCUUGAUAUCUGACUUUGGUUUCUUAUCAGUCAAUGCAACGACUCGGGACUUCGAGCCGUCCAUUAUCAACAUGACCUUUGCGCGACUAGUCCUGGCCGCAGCAACCAAGGAUCCUAUCCCGGGCAUGCCUGAAUCCCCAUUGCCGCAGAAGUCAUAUGCUACUGAAAUCUUUCAUCACUUUAUGAAGAACAUAUAUCCGCUCUUUCCAUGCUUUUCAGAAACAGCUGCCCUGAACAUCCUGAAUGACAUCUACCACCAGCAGAGUGAGCGUGUCAUCAGCGCAUCCGAUCAUUGGCUGCUGUACAUGAUACUCGCAAUUGGAUCAACUAUGCAGAGCCAAAAAGUCAACGAUGACUACUACAAUCUCGGUGUCAGCUUUGUUUCCAGAGCGUUGGACUACGCCGACAUCGCCUUGGCCCCUGGAUACGCCACCCAGAUUCAAUCGCUCCUCCUCCUUACCCAGUACGCCAUUUUGGAUCCAAACCAUUUUGACAGCUGGCUUCUCAUAGGCUUCACAGCACGUGCUGCUAUUGAUCUUGGGUUCCACCAAGAUCCCCCCAUGUCUACAGUCGUCGAUCGUGCCGCCUUGGAUAUGCGUCGGAAGAUCUUUUAUUGCACAUAUGCACUUGACCGAUCCAUCAGUAUGGUUCACGCUCGGACAUUCUCAUUCACCGACGAUGCAGUCCACGUUGCGUUCCCGAAUGCAGCCGAUCUCGAUCGCAAAGGCAAAGAUGGCGAUUCUGGUCCGAUUUCCGGUCCGCAGUCCGUUGACCCUGGAUUGUUACUCUUUCAGCUCAGAAGAGCGCAGUCAUACUGGUACCAAGAACUAUACCAGUCCUAUGCGACCCCUUUGCAAGACCCAGCGUCGUUCGUUUGGCAGAUGUGUCUCGAUAUGCGAGAAUGGGGCGAGUCGCUACCAACCUCUCUCCCCCCUGGAAUCCGACAAAUGUUUGAGCAGGAAUUGAGAUACAGCUAUGUUUACUGCAUUGCCCCUUCUGCCAGGGCUCCAGAAAUCAACGAUUACCAUCGUACUCUGAUAUUCGAGUACUCUCUCGUCUAUCUCCUCACCAUGCAAGAAAUUGCCCAUGCAGGGCUCAACGGCGCAUUCUACACGUACCACGACGCGUUGAAGGUUUACUUUAUGGCGAACCAAUUUCUUGCCGUGCUAAGAGACUCGGAGGACAUGCUACUGUCUGGCGCACACAUACAAAUACCGAUAGCUCGUCCCGGUGCUCCGCCAGCGCCUCCGAUUCCGCGACCCCAAUUACGAAAUGGGAGAGCUGGCGAGGACAACAUUAGCAGGAGUCUGCGCUGCCUCGAGAGCGUCCCUCAGACCUUGGAAGUAUAUGGGCGACGCUGGGAAGACGCAGUCAUGCUAAAGCAGAGCUUUGAGCAGCUAUCAGCGGACACCGUAGAGCGACUGAGGGAACGCAGAAAGAUACAAAACAUGAAAAUGGAGCAGUCUGCCUAUCCUGGAAGCUCUCCAUCAGCUCCUUCACCUCGGGUUCCGGCCAUCACUCGUAGCCCACAGCAGCCACGAGAGAUUCGCUGGGUCGGAGUCGACGUUUCUCAGAUGAUGCACGGCGGCCGCGGUCAUCCGCAAUAG